GCGCAGCUCAUUGCCCAUGUGCGUUGCCAGGGGUAACGCAGGUAGACAAAGUGGCUGGCUGAGUGAGGCCUGUUGCUGAGGCGGGGAGGAGGGGCCCGAGGCUUCAGGGAAGCCGCGAUGAGGGCCGUGUUGACGUGGAGAGAUAAAGUCGAACAGUGUGUAUAUGACCUCGCGUUCAAGCCUGAUGGAGCCCAGCUGAUCGUGGCUGCGGGAAGCAGAUUACUGGUUUACGACACGUCUGAUGGCACCUUACUUCAACCCCUAAAGGGACACAAGGACACGGUGUACUGUGUGGCGUACGCAAAGGACGGCAAACGCUUUGCUUCUGGAUCAGCUGACAAAAGCGUUAUAAUCUGGACGUCAAAAUUGGAAGGCAUUCUGAAGUACACGCACAAUGACUCCAUCCAGUGUGUCUCCUACAACCCCGUCACCCACCAGCUGGCAUCCUGUUCCUCCAGCGACAUCGGCUUAUGGUCUCCUGAGCAGAAGUCUGUCUCUAAGCACAAGUCCAGCAGCAAGAUAACCUGCUGCAGCUGGACAAACGACGGGCAGUACCUGGCUCUGGGGAUGUUCAACGGGGUUGUCAGCAUCCGCAACAAGAACGGCGAGGAGAAGGUGAAGAUCGAGCGGCCGGGGGGCUCCCUCUCCCCAAUCUGGUCCAUCAGCUGGAACCCAUCCAGCCGAUGGGAGAAUUUCUGGAUGAACAUAGAGAUCGAGGAUUCCGAGGAAGCCAUUGUCAGCAGAUACUUUCAGGAAAUCCCUUCCACUCUGAAGUCUGCAGUGUACAGUAGUCAGGGUAGUGAGGCAGAGGAGGACGAGCCCGAGGAAGAGGACGACAGUGCCGGGGACGACAGCCUAGAGGAACGCAAUGACAUCCUGGCUGUAGCUGACUGGGGACAGAAGCUUUCCUUCUACCAGCUGAGUGGAAAACAGAUCGGGAAGGACCACUCCCUGAACUUUGACCCCUGCUGCAUCAGCUACUUUACUAAAGGGGAGUACAUUUUGCUGGGGGGGUCAGACAAGCAAGUGUCCCUUUUCACCAAGGAUGGCGUGCGGCUCGGGGCCGUUGGGGAGCAGACCUCCUGGGUGUGGACGUGUAAAGUGAAGCCUGACUCCAACUACGUGGUGGUGGGCUGCCAGGAUGGCACCAUCUCCUUCUACCAGCUGGUUUUCAGCACAGUCCACGGGCUCUACAAGGACCGCUACGCCUACAGGGAUAGCAUGACCGACGUCAUCGUGCAGCACCUGAUCACCGAGCAGAAAGUUCGAAUUAAAUGCAAAGAACUUGUCAAGAAAAUUGCCAUCUACAAGAAUCGAUUAGCAAUCCAACUACCUGAGAAGAUCCUCAUCUACGAGCUGUACUCUGAGGACUCGCUGGACAUGCGGUACCGGGUGAAAGAGAAGAUUGCCAGGAAGUUCGAGUGCAACCUCCUGGUGGUGUGUGCCGACCACAUCAUCCUCUGUCAGGAGAGGCGGCUGCAGUGCCUGUCCUUCAGCGGCGUGAAGGAGCGGGAGUGGCAGAUGGAGUCUCUCAUUCGCUACAUUAAGGUGAUCGGCGGCCCCCCAGGAAGGGAGGGUCUGCUGGUCGGCCUGAAGAAUGGACAGAUCCUCAAGAUCUUCGUGGACAAUCUCUUCGCCAUUGUCCUGUUGAAGCAGGCCACCGCCGUGCGCUGCCUGGACAUGAGUGCCUCCCGCAACAAGUUGGCCGUGGUGGACGAGAACGACAUGUGCCUGGUGUACGACAUCCACACCAAGGAGCUGCUCUUUCAGGAGCCCAACGCCAACAGCGUGGCCUGGAACACCCAGUGUGAGGACAUGCUCUGCUUCUCGGGCGGCGGCUACCUCAACAUCAAGGCCAGCACCUUCCCUGUGCACCAGCAGAAGCUGCAGGGCUUCGUGGUCGGCUACAAUGGCUCCAAGAUCUUCUGCCUCCACGUCUUCUCCAUGUCGGCCGUGGAGGUGCCACAGUCUGCCCCGAUGUACCAGUACCUGGACAGGAAGAUGUUCCGAGAAGCCUACCAGAUCGCCUGCCUGGGCGUGACCGACACCGACUGGCGCGAGCUGGCCAUGGAGGCCCUGGAAGGACUGGAGUUUGAGACAGCGAAGAAGGCCUUCACCAGAGUACAAGACCUCCGGUAUUUAGAGCUCAUCAACAGCAUUGAGGAGCGGAAGAAGCGGGGAGAGACCAACAAUGACCUGUUUCUGGCAGAUGUGUUUUCCUACCAGGGGAAGUUCCACGAGGCCGCCAAACUGUACAAGAAGAGCGGGCACGAGAACCUCGCGCUCGACAUGUACACGGAACUGCGCAUGUUCGAGUACGCCAAGGAUUUCCUUGGAUCUGAAGACCCCAAAGAAACAAAGAUGCUAAUCGCGAAACAAGCUGACUGGGCUCGAAACAUCAACGAGCCCAAAGCCGCCGUGGAGAUGUACAUCUCGGCGGGCGAGCACUGCAAGGCCAUCGAGAUCAGCGGGGACCAUGGCUGGGUCGACAUGCUCAUCGACAUUGCCCGCAAGCUGGACAAGGCUGAGCGGGAGCCGCUGCUGAUGUGCGCCCACUUCUUCAAGAAGUUGGAUAACCCUGGCUACGCUGCUGAGACCUACCUGAAGAUUGGUGACCUCAAGUCCUUGGUUCAGCUACAUGUGGAGACCCAGCGCUGGGACGAGGCCUUCGCCUUGGGUGAGAAGCACCCCGAGUUUAAGGAUGACAUCUACGUGCCCUAUGCUCAGUGGCUUGCAGAGAACGAUCGUUUUGAGGAAGCCCAGAAAGCCUUCCACAAGGCCGGGCGGCAGGGCGAGGCGGUCCGGGUGCUGGAGCAGCUCACUCACAAUGCCGUGGUCGAGAGCAGGUUUAGUGAUGCCGCCUAUUAUUACUGGAUGCUCUCCAUGCAGUGCCUCGAUAUAGCUCAAGACCCUGCUCAGAAGGAAGUGAUGCUCGGCAAGUUCCACCACUUCCAGCACCUGGCUGAGCUGUACCACGGCUACCACGCCAUCCACCGAUACGUGGAGGAGCCGUUCAGCUUUCACCUUCCCGAGACGCUCUUCAACAUCUCCAGGUUCCUGCUGCACAGCCUGACCAAGGACACCCCCCUGGGCAUCUCCAAAGUGAACACACUCUUCACCCUGGCCAAACAGAGCAAGGCCCUGGGCGCCUACAAGCUGGCCCGGCACGCCUACGACAAGCUGCAGGGCCUGCAGAUCCCCGCCCGGUUCCAGAAGUCCAUUGAACUGGGCAGCCUGACCAUCCGCUCCAAGCCCUUCCAUGACAGUGAGGAGCUGGUGCCCUUGUGCUACCGCUGCUCUACCAACAACCCGCUGCUUAACAACCUGGGCAACGUCUGCGUCAACUGCCGCCAGCCCUUCGUCUUCUCCGCCUCUUCCUAUGAGGUGCUGCACCUGGUUGAAUUCUACCUGGAGGAGGGGAUCACGGAUGAAGAAGCUGUCUCCCUCAUUGAUCUGGAGGCGCCAAGACUCAAGCGGGAGAACAAGUGGCAAGAGAUCACGAGCAACAAUGCCCAGACCCUGAGGCUGGACGAGAGCAUGGACUCCGUGGGGGAAGACGACCCCUUCACGGCCAAGCUGAGCUUUGAGCAAGGUGGCUCGGAGUUCGUGCCCGUGGUGGUGAGCCGCUCCGUGCUGCGCUCCAUGAGCCGGCGGGACGUCCUCAUCAAGCGCUGGCCGCCGCCCCUGCAGUGGCAGUACUUCCGCUCCCUGCUGCCCGACGCCUCCAUCACCAUGUGCCCCUCCUGCUUCCAGAUGUUCCACUCGGAGGACUAUGAGCUGCUGCUGCUUCAGCACACCUGCUGCCCCUACUGCCGGCGGCGCGUGGACGACCCCAGCCCCUGACCAGGCCCCUGAGGACCGCCGCCCUGCCCGGCCGCUGCCCGUCUCGGGGCCAUCGAAGGAAGAGUUAAACUGUCAGACUGUGUCUUCUGCCCCGAUCGAGUGUGUAUCUUAGGGAGGGGCCUUGUGUAACCAUGAAACUCCUAUUUAUGGCAUUUUGUGUCUUGUGAAUAGCACCAGGAGAUGGAGGAGAGAACGAACAUAUAUUUUCUAAGAGAGAGAGAGAAAAAAUCUGUUCGUUUCAGAACGGCUCGGAGUUGUUUGCGGCAGUCUGCCGGAGUCCACGGAUCUGUCAGACCGUUCACAUGUACACUUUGCGAACAGAUUGCCUCAAUAAUUACAAAUAAAAGGGCUACUUAUUUUCAUCA